AGAAGGGCCGCCGAGAAUUUAGCUGGAGGCGUUUCACGUUUACCGUUACAUACUUUGCUUGUCAAUGUGGAUCGCUAUGGUAAAUGGUCUAAGUGGUCUCGGUACAGAGGACGCAGAUGCACGCAGUAUCGUUAUCGGGAGUGUGUGGAUGAUUCCUGGAUGGAAACCAACAUGAAUAAAUCCGACAACUCAUACUGCAAGAGCAAAGUAUUCAUGGAGGUGCGUGAAUGUCGAAACAAGAAGGCGAGCCCAGUACCUG